AUGCGUCCACUCGUCACUCUUGCUCUGCUCACGGCGUUGUCGGCCGCCGGCCUGGCGUCGGCGGCGGACUUCAUGUUCCAGGCGACCGUUGGCGGCACGCUGCUGGAAGGCCGGCCUCUGACGUGGACCGACGCCACGAUGGUCCUCCUGUCGCGCGACGGGCAGCUGCACGAGUUCGCCCCCAGUCAUGCCAAGCAGGCCCGCCGCACGGCGCCCACCUUUCAAGGCUACACCAGCGAAGAGAUGCGGCAGCGGCUCUACGAAGAGUUCGGCAGCCGGUUCGACUACACCUCGACGGGGCAUUACCUCGUCGCCCACCCACGCGGCGAGCAUGCCGAAUGGGCCAACCGUUUCGAAGACCUUUACCGUUCGUUUGUCCGCUACUUCCGCGUGCGCGGCUUCCAGCCCGAGGAGCCGCCCUACCCACUGGUGGCGAUCGUGUUCGGCAAUCGCAGCGAGUACGAGCGCUACGUGUCAAAAUCGUCGUCCGGCGCGCCGAGCGGGGCGCUGGGGCACUACGAGCCCCGCACCAACCGCGUCUAUCUCUACGACCAGAGCUCGGCCGGCGGCGACGAUCGCUGGGACGAGACGGCUUCGACCGUUAUCCACGAGGCGACGCACCAGACCGCCUACAACGUGGGCGUCCACACCCGCUUCGCUUCGGGCCCGCGGUGGGUCAGCGAGGGGCUCGCCAUGAUGUUCGAGGCCCGCGGCGUCCACGACGCCCGCAGCUACGACCGGGGCGACAGCCGAGUCAACUACGGCCGGCUGUACGACUUCACGAACAGCGUCGUCCCGAACCUGCCGCUAGGGAAUCUCGAGACCUACAUCGCUUCGGACCAAGCGUUCGAGCGGAUGCCGAUCCACGCUUACGCCGAAGCCUGGGCGUUGACGUUCUUCCUCAGCGAGACCCGCCCGCAGCAGUACGCCGAUUACCUGACGCUCACCGCUGACCGGCCCCUGUUCUCCAAGUACGCCGCCGCCGAUCGCGUCGCCGACUUCCGCCGUUCGGCGAACCAGCAGUUGGCGUCUGAGCCGCGGGCGCUAGCCCUCGGUGGAGUUGGCACCCGACUUCCACUGAGGGCUACCGCCCACGGCUCAGAUCAACACGAGUGGGUGUGCGGUUUGUGGCGCCACCCGCGGCUAGCGCCGACGGCUCAUUCCGAAUCCGCAAUCCGCGCUCCCCCCGCCCUGCGGGUUCUUGUCGUCCGGCUGGUGACGGUCGUUGCUGUCGUGGGGCCCGCUGGGGGCGGCGACGGCAGUGAAAGCGGUGAAAGCGUGCUCUUCGACUUGGAGGACUGGGAGAAGCCCCCGAUACGGAGAUCAACCGUGGCCGCUUCUAUCGUUAACGAUUCGUCAGUCGCUAGUCGACCUUUCAGCUACGCGGCCCUAUGGGCGCCUCUGGCGGUGGCGCUGGCGACGCCGCUCUUGUUUCUGCAAGCUGCCGUCGUGAAGCCGAUGUCGGCCGACCUCGACCGCAUGCAGCGGCAGGUCGCACGGCUCGAGGCGACGAUCGCCGAGCUGAAGUCGAAGGGGCACGUCGCGCGGCAGGCGACGGGGCUCUUGGCCGAGCUGACGCAGCAAGAGUCGCUAAUCACAGCGGCAGAGCGGUCGCUGGAGCGUUUCGCACGGCUCGACCGCAAGAUGACGCGCGGCCUCGACGACGCCGAGCAUGCGAUCGCCAAGCUCGACCGGCUCGAAGUGAUUUCGGAUCGCGCCCGUGAGCAGGCCCGCCUGCUCGACGCCACGAACCAGACGCUCGUGAUGCUCCAGCCAGUGGCGGACGACCUGCAGAAUGCGAUCGACCGCGCGGGCCGCCUCGCGCCGGCGGUAACCGAGGUCGAACGGCUCUCGUCGCGGCUCGGCGAGGCGCAAGGGCUCACCGAAGCGUCGCUGCGGAGUGUGGACAAGCUCGUCGAUAUGCAGCAGACGAUCGCUUCUCGGACGGCCGGCGUCGCUUCGGCGAACGCGGCGCUCGAGGGGCUGUUGCGAAUGGAGUCGCGAUUGAACUCGCCGCUGCUGGCGGUCGCCGCGUCGCAGACCCGGCUCGACGAGCUGAUCCGGCUCAAAGACGUGGUCAUCGCCAAGACCGACGACUUGCCAGCCGCCUUCGAUACGUUCGACCUGAUCGUCGGCCUCCAAGACGACUUGCAGCAGGCGCGAGUUGUCUUCGAGCGGGCCCAGCGACUCGUCGCCGACCUGACGCUGCUCAGCCCGUCGCUCAAGCGUCUGGCGACGGUGAUUGAACCGAUGAUCGAGCAAGCUACCGUCAAGAGCCUCGCGGGCGCCGAGCUGCGGAUGGUGCUGAAGGAGCUUGGACAACGGCGGUCCGAGGCUUUGGCCAAGGCCCAAUCCGAAGCGGCCGAAGACGACAGCGUCGCCACGCGUCCCGCGGCGGCGAUGAAGUGA